AUGGCUCCGAAGCGUAAAGCAACCGAUGGUGGCUCUUCGAGGGCCUCAAAGAGAGCGACGCCUGUACCUGAUACACCGCAAAGCAUCGAUAGCAGCGACGAAUACUCAGAGUACGAUGAAAGUGCAGAGAAGACACAGCAGUUGGUGGAAAAGUUCUCUCUUGAGUCUUUCAGUCGCGAUAAGAAGGGUACCGUAGAAAGAAGCGAUCCUCAUUACGGCUACAAAGAUUUUUCAUCUCUUCCGCUGAAAGCGGACCAUGCCAACCGUCCGCUCUGGAUCGAACCUCUCAAAGGCACCAUCACUCUUGAGAGCUUCUCCCCGCUCGCUUCCCAGGCUGCGGAUUUCCUCACGACUAUUGCCGAGCCCCUGUCUCGACCAGUGCAUUUACAUGAGUACCGACUCACCGGAAACAGUCUGUAUGCUGCAGUCUCUGUUGGUUUGGAACCCAAAGAUAUCAUCCAUUUUCUGGACCGAUUGUCCAAAACGCCCGUGCCAGAAGCAAUCCGGUCGUUUAUCGUCGAUUUCACCAAGUCAUACGGGAAGAUAAAGUUAGUUCUAAAUAAUAACAGGUAUUAUGUGGAGAGUACGGAUCCGGCCAUGCUGCAAAUGCUUCUUCAGGACGAUGUGAUUGGCACGAAACGAGUUCAAGGCUCUGAAGGAAUUAUUCAGCAGGCAGCACCUAAGAUGGCGGGUCUUGUUAUCCCCGGUACCAAGGAUGCGGCUGGCGUCAAGCAAGCAAACCAGACUUCUGGGGACCAAGAUGGGGCUAACGGGACGAACAAUGCUUCUAAGAAGGAGGAUGACUUUCUAGCUACGAUUCGCGAUGAGGAUGAUGACGAAGACGACGCGCAAGUCCAUAGUUUUCAGAUUCCCAACGAUGACGUUGAGUCUGUCAAAGCUCGAUGUCAAGCGAUGGGUUGCCCGGCUCUUGAAGAAUAUGACUUUCGAAAUGACCGGGACAAUCCCACGCUUGACAUUGAUCUAAAGCCGAAUGCUCAGAUUCGAAGUUACCAAGAAAAGAGUCUUAGCAAGAUGUUCGGUAAUGGCCGAGCCAAGAGUGGUAUUAUAGUUCUACCUUGUGGUGCUGGCAAAACGCUUGUCGGCAUUACCGCUGCCUGCACGAUCAAGAAAGGCGUGAUUGUUUUGUGUACCAGCUCCAUGUCGGUCGUCCAGUGGCGGAAUGAAUUCAUCCGGUGGUCGAAUAUCGACCCCAGUGACAUUGCCAUUUUCACCUCCGAUAAUAAAGAAAAAUUCAAACGGUCUACCGGUAUUAUCGUCUCAACAUACUCCAUGGUUUCUCAAACAAGGGCGCGGUCAUACGACGCACAAAAGAUGAUGGACUGGUUGACACAACGAGAAUGGGGCUUGAUGAUUCUAGACGAAGUGCACGUCGUACCAGCAUCGAUGUUUCGAAAAGUCACAUCUAGCAUUGCUUGCCAGGCCAAACUAGGACUGACAGCGACACUUCUUCGAGAAGAUGAUAAGAUCAAAGAUUUGAACUUCUUGAUCGGACCCAAGCUAUACGAAGCAAACUGGAUGGAAUUGGCCGAGCAAGGCCAUAUCGCCAAGGUUCAGUGCGCCGAAGUUUGGUGCCCGAUGACAACUGAAUUUUACUCAGAAUACAUGCGAGAGAAGUCUCGUAAAGCGGCGCUUCUGUAUAUCAUGAAUCCACGAAAGUUCCAGGCAUGCCAGUUUCUGAUUGAUUAUCACGAGAAACGCGGUGAUAAAAUCAUUGUAUUCUCUGACAACGUCUACGCUCUGGAACGCUACGCCCUGAAACUGGGCAAGGCUUAUAUCUACGGUGGAACUCCGCAGAACGAGCGCAUGCGUAUCCUGGAGAACUUCCAGCACAAUGAGCAGGUCAACACUAUUUUCCUGUCUAAAAUUGGAGACACCUCCCUCGAUCUUCCAGAAGCCACCUGUCUCAUCCAGAUUUCGUCCCACUACGGUUCCCGUCGACAAGAAGCUCAACGUCUCGGGCGUAUCCUGCGAGCCAAGCGUCGUAACGACGAAGGCUUCAAUGCUUUCUUUUAUUCACUUGUGUCAAAAGACACAGACGAGAUGUACUACUCCUCUAAGCGCCAAGCAUUUCUAGUUGACCAGGGUUACGCAUUCAAGGUCAUUACGCAUCUACAGGGCAUCGAAAACCUUGAAGGUCUAGCCUAUGCCACCGCAUCUGAACGGCGCGAACUUUUACAAGAAGUUAUGCUCCAGAACGAGACCUCGGCCGAAGUCGAGAAUGUGAUUGACGACCUCUUUAGCGAACGUUCCGGCGCCCAGCGCGGUGGCAAGGCCAAGAAGAAAGUCGGCGUCAAACGCAGCGCCGCCACAUUGAGCGGUCUCGCCGGCGGCGAGGAUAUGGCGUAUGUAGAGUACAACAAAUCGCGCAAUAAGCAACUCAAGGAGAAGACGCAGCAUCAUCCUUUGUUCAAGAAAAUUGCUCGUGAUCAGCAGAAGCGUAAGGAUGCUAUGAAGGAUAUGGGGAUGAGUAGGCGGUGA